AUGGAGACGGUGAUGGAGAGGGAGUGCAGCGCGCUGGGGGGGCUGUUCCAGACCGUCAUAGGAGACAUGAAGGGCAGUUAUCCCGUCUGGGACGACUUCAUCAGCAAAGCCAGCAAGCUGCAGUCACAGCUCAGGACGACGGUCGUCGCGGUAGCAGCCUUCCUGGACGCCUUUCAGAAGGUGGCCGACCUGGCGAACAACAGUCGAGGAGGAACCAGAGACAUCGGCUCAGCCCUCACCAGGAUGUGCAUGAGGCACCGCAGCAUCGAGGCCAAACUCCGCCAGUUCUCCAUGGUGUUUCUGGACUGUCUGAUCAACCCUCUACAGGAGCAGACGGAGGAGUGGAAGAGAGUAGCCAACACCCUGGACAAGGACCACGCCAAAGAGUACAAGAAGGCCCGUCAGGAGAUCAAGAAGAGAUCCUCAGACACUCUGAAGCUGCAGAAGAAAGCAAAGAAAGCUGAUGUAUUUGGCCGCGGUGACCUCCAGCCUCAGCUGGACAGCGCCAUGCAGGACGUCAGUGAUAAAUACCUGCUGCUGGAGGAGACGGAGAAGCAGGCGGUGAGGAAGGCGCUGGUGGAGGAGAGGAGUCGCUUCUGCUGCUUCGUCUCCAUGCUGAAGCCUGUCGUGGAGGAGGAGAUGUCCAUGCUCGGGGAGAUCACUCACCUCCAGACUCUGACCGAUGACUUGAAGACUCUAACGAUGGACCCACACAAGCUGCCGGCCUCCAGCGAGCAGGUAAUCGUAGACCUGAAGGGCUCCGAGUGCACCUGGUCCUACCAGACUCCGCCCUCGUCCCCGAGCACCACCGUAUCCAGGAAGUCGAGCAUGUGCAGCAGCCUGAACAGUGUGAACAGCAGCGACUCCCGUUCCAGCGGCUCCCACUGCCACUCCCCCACCUCCCACUUCCGCUACCGGGCCUCCUCGUCCUCCUCCUCCUCGGUGCUCCCCCAGCAGCCGCCGGCCCGCCUCUCCUCCAUCUCCUCCCACGACUCCGGCUUCAUCUCCCAGGACGCCUUCCAGUCCAAAUCCCCCUCACCCAUGCCCCCGGAAACCUCACAGUUGUCAAAUGGUUUCGACCAUCACGCUGCCCUCUGUCUGCACGGAGCGGCACUGCAGGCCCAGGACUCCCACCUCCACCCUCCAUACUUCACCUACUCCUCCUCCUCCUCCUCCACCGCCACCUCACCCAUCUCCUCGCCCUCCUAUUCGUCUGUUUCUCCCACCUGGCCGUGGUCUCGUUCAGGCUCCGGCCAAUCGGGGGAGUUCCUGCCUCUGGGCGGCUCCGGGCUGGGAACGAUCCCGUCAUCCAGAGUCCCGUCCUGGAAGGACUGGGCCAAACCAGGACCGUAUGACCAGUCGAUGGUCAACACCCUGAAGAGGAGCAGAGACAGGAGAGAGACUACAGAUCCCAGCAGCCACCACGGCGCUGACGUCACCACACCAGGAGAGGAACCACAGGGGGUUAAAGGAAACCACUCUGUGACAUCAGCCAAGGAGGACAGGGAGACUCAUGAGGAGUUGGCCCGAGCUCUGGCCCGAGGCCUCCGAUUGGACAUCCACGGCUCCAGCAGAGACUCUCUGCAGGGCUCCAGCGGCUACAGCAGCCAGACCAACACACCCUGCUGCUCAGAGGACACCAUCCCCUCACAAGUGUCAGACUGUGACUACUACUCGGUGGGAGUGGAUCAUGAAGGCGACCAUCAGCCGUCCUCAGACUUUGAUAAAUCCUCCACCAUCCCCAGAAACAGCGACAUCAGUCAGUCCUACCGCCGCAUGUUCCAGUCCAAACGCCCGGCCUCCACCGCCGGGCUGCCCUCCAACCCCGCCGCCAUAAUCACCCCGGGAACCGCCACCAUCCGACGGACGCCAUCCUCCAAACCCAACCUGCGACGGCCCUCUGGGGGCCUUAGCUUGGGCCCCAUACCAAUCAAGCCCCCAAUGAUCCCAGUCAAGACCCCGACUGUGCCUGAUCAUCCAGGUUUCCCCAGCAGGGCCGGAUCAGAGGACGGCAACGCACCGCGAACGCCGCUCAGCCCGGCGACCACCCCUUUGUCACCGGGCAGCAGCGGGCCGCUGUCACCGAGAUCCGUCCCGUGGGAGACCCAGCACCAGACUGACGGGUCGGAUCCUCCCACCCCACCACCGCAGCCCGGCGGUCGGGUGUCGGAGUGGGAGCGCCGGCCUCUCCCGGAGCUCCUGGAGGAAUCGGAGUAUGGCGAGGUGGAGGAUUUUCUGGUGGCUAUCCGACGAGGCGUCAGGCUCAAGAAGACGACGACCAAUGACCGAUCGGCGCCAAGUAUUCACUGA